UUUUUUGUGGAGUCAAUGGUCAAACGUCAAAAUAGUUAUACUGAACGUAGUCGAGAAAGGAUAAAUAAUGUCAAGUUAAAGUAUUCUUUGUUUAGAAACCUACUUUGUAAUAUGGGCAAGAAUAUUGAAGAAAUAUAUAGCCAGAAAGAAAGAAUCGAAAAAGAGAUCGAGUCAAUGAGAUUAGAAUUUAGUAAGCUUACUACUAAACAUAAAUCAACCUUGGAUAAUUACGCCGUAAUAUCUCAAACACAGCAAGCUCAAACUGCACAAAUUUCUGAACUUAACGCACAUCUUAAUAACGCUAUAACUCAAUCACGUCAAGGUACACAGGAGAUAGAUAACAAAGUAUCGCGAUCAUCAUCUGUUCUUGAUGCUAUUCGCUUAAAGUUAGAACAUUUGUUAAAUGAGCUUGAAAGUGAGAAGUCAGCAUAUGCAGAAGAAUUUCAAAAACUCAAACUCAAAUUUGAGCGUGCUGAAGAAGAUAAUCGAAAUUUGGUAAAGUCGAAUAAAGAAAAUGAAGAAAAAAUUACUUCUCUAACAGCCAAUAAUGAUCGGGAAAUUGAGUCCGCCAAAUUGGAAUGCACCCGAUUGAAUUCAAUAAUUAAGGAGAAAGAUGAGCGGUAGAUUUUUUUAAAGAUAAGAUUAUACAUUUAUAUAUUCACCUUCUCUUUACCUUACGCGGGUUUUUCCUUUAUAGAAUAAAUCAGUUAGGCAUAGUU